UUUAUUGUGAAACGUCAGCGGAAGUGUGCACUUGUGCAAAGUGUGACGAGCUGGGCGUAUGUUUUGGCGCCUUCCCGCACUGAAGCCUUUCUAAUAAGACCAACAGGACUUUCUUUUUCUCUUUUAGUCUCAACAUUUUAGUACGUUUACUUUUAGCAGGCAAGCUAAGAUGUCUCACACGGUCAGCCCGACCAGCACCGGCAGGACUUCCGCGUCCGACGGCGGCUGCAACCUGGGAUACACCCGAACCAUCCCGGGACUGCUCAAGAUGGCUCAGAUGGUGGCGCUGCUUGUCACCUUCCUGUGCGUUCACUGUGCACGAGGCUGGCCUAGCUGGGCUGCGUUCCAGUACUUUGAGGUGGUGGCCGUGUGGUUCCUGGUGGUGCUCCUGAUCUUCUUCCUCAUGCACUUGUGCCGCUUACAGGCCAAGAUGGGUUGCAUCAAUUGGCCGCUGACCGAAUUCUUCCACUACACUCUAGGUUCCAUCCUGAUCUGCAUCGGCUCCAUUGUGGCGGCCGCGAAGAGUGGUGGAGUGUCUGCUCUCGUGGCGGCAUCUGUGUUUGGUUUUAUCACUACCUUCCUGAUGGCGGUCAGCUUGUGGACAUCUUACAGUGUCUCUUGUGGGCCACACCACAGUGGCGCGACCAUGUAAUGGGCAGAAUCCUGAUUGGCUGCCUCUGGAGCUCAACCAGCCGACAAGUCAACGUGAUUGGAUGAGAGUUGGGAGCCGAGAUUCUAAUCCAGGAGCAGUCUCGUUUGAAAAAAAAAAAAAAAAAAGUCCGAUUGUUGCCGGUGCUUCUGAGAGUCACCUUCACAUCAGUGUUACACCAAAACAACAACAACAGGUGCGAACAAUACAUAGUCAACUCCAUGACUACAUUUCCCAUCAUUCCCGCUGUUUGAUAAAAAUGUCGCUUAAUUGUUGCAUUGCUGUGUGCCAUAAUGACCUGCCUGUGUAUUAUUUGUUGAUUUUUUUUUCCCACUGUUUACAGUUCUGCACUAGCGUUUAGCAUGCUAACCUCACAAACGGACAUGAUGUUGGACCAUCCUCAUCAUCUUUAUAAUCCACGCACCGCGCUAAAGUGAAAUGAUCAGAUGCUGAAGCACUUUCCGCAUCCGCCAUGCUAAGCUAAAGUAAUGUUAGUAUUCAGAAUGCUAACAUGCCAACAAAUUUCAUACUGAGCCACCUCCAGGAUUAAUGUCACCUGGGCUGUGCUAAGCAGAAUAAGUGUAAUCAUUUAGCAUGCUAACCUCGCAUGGCAGAAAUGCAAUGCUGAACCACCAUCAUCAGCCAUGUAAAGUGUUAGCAUUUAGUAUGCUAAUGGAAGAGGGUGGCAAUGCUUAACCACCAUCACCUUGAUCAUCAUCAUCAGUCUUAUGCAACACUAAAAUGACGAAUUAGUUCUUAAUGUGCUAAAAUAGUAAACAAGACAACGUUGAACCAUUUUCCAUCAUCAGCUACGUGUCACGCUUGGCAUUAAAAGCAUGCUAACCUCGCAAACGGAUUCAAGGCUGAACCAUCACCAUCAGCCAAGCUAGGCUAAGGAAAUGUUAGCAUUUAGCAUGCUAACUUACACUAGACUAGUGUAAUGUGUGCCAACAAUCACCUCCUUACGGGUUACAUGCACACUAAGCUGUUGCCACGGCAACAGGCGGGCCAGCGUGCACGGUGCUACACUUUAAACUUACGUACCACCAAGAAGUUGAAGUUUACACAACAAUGAUGAUGAUUAUGACAAAAAUGUGAAAGCACAGGAACACAAAAUUUAACAGAGUGUUAACACUAACAAUACUUUGGACGUUUAUAUUCAAGCCGUAUUUGUGUGUCGGUUAGCAUCAUGUGACCUGUAUGUGCAAAUCUGACCAAUCACAUGCGCUCACUGACUUUUAUGGCAAAUCAUUUGAAGGAUCUCAAAGUCAAUCGCCAAAUGAAUGUCAUUUUGGGUUGUCGCUCAAAAUGUCUGUAUUUUUAUUUUUUUUUUGCAAGUGUUUGUAUAUUAUAAUGUUUGUUAGUCACCCAUUUUGGUUAGAAGCAGCCACUCUAGGGCAAGAUAGCGCAGUAGUGUCUACUAGAAAGACUAAUAUCGUGAUAUCUUGGUGAUACUGAAAUGGAUGCCUGCAGCUUUUCUUUUUUCGUUUGUUUCUUAAACAAUACAAAUGAAUUGUACUUUGAAACGUGCAUCAAAAUAUAAGAUGAGUAGCAAAAUUAGCCACACAGCAUGAUGUUGUUCAGUGUAAUCGCACAUGCUAGCUGUUAGCAAGCGCUGUAGCUAUACAAAUCAUUUCUAUUACGCUGAUUUUACACUUUUUGAAGGAGAAAAAAAACAUUUUAUGAGUAAUAUGAACUUUUAUUUAUGACUUGAAUGUUCACUUUUUUUCUUGCACAUGCGUCAGAGUUUGCCGCAAAUCUUGUUUUACUGUUUGGGAAGCAGACCCUUCUGCUUAGCAACAAGCAUUUGCUGCGUAGCUGUUGACAACAUUUCAAACUUCCCAAAGUGACAAUUGUAUUCUAAAAAAAAAAAGAAAAAAAAAAGAAAAAAAAAAGCUGGAUUUAAAAACAUGAUUGUAUCCAACCACAGCAGUUAUUUAUAUCCUGUCAUCUAGUGAAUGUUUGAAUCCUGCUGCAAUAUUAGUUUUUUUACGCUACUUAUGGUUGUUCAUUUUUAUGCAUAGGUGAUCGUUAACACCAAAAGAAUUUCAUAGCUUCAUCUUUUCCCAAAGUGCCUUAACGUGCCACUCGAUGGAGCAGUUAGCCCCACAGCGGCAAGGCAGCGAGCUAGCUUGAUGCUAAGAGGAAAAGGAGCACAGUAUUUACACGUGCUUUCAACUUUUAUUUGAAGUUUGGCAUUGUGAUGUGCUGCAUGUUGUCAAUUAAAACUUUGUUUCACCAA